CAAAAAUUGCUUUGUAUAAAUUAAAAAUGCUUGACCGCAGCGCACUAUUUUCACGCGCAUAGCUCGCGUACUGAACUAUAAAUAUAUUCUCAUUUUGUUGGACCUCUCUUGUAACAUUAUGAAAGGAAGCACGGCUUAUACGAAACAUACGAUCGCGCAGAACGUCCAUCGUCCAGUAACCAUUUGUAUAACACUUGCAAGAUCUGUGCUGAAGACAUCUCUUAAUUGGACAUGAUGACGAAUGAAAGAUUGGACCUAGACAAACCUCUGUGGGAUCAAAACACCUUCGUGGGAAGAUGGAAAUACUUUGCGUGGAUGACAGACUUCCGUACCUGCGUCAAACCAGAAUCAGAGCUGAUAGCUGCUAAAAAGUUGUGUGAACAAUACAGAAUUGGCAAAGAGCCAGCCAAUACUACCACAGAGCAAAUUAUCUAUGCGAAGAAACUGUACGAGUCUGCCUUUCAUCCGGAUACCGGCGACCUGCAGAAUGUCUUUGGUAGAAUGUCCUUCCAGGUGCCGGGUGGAAUGGCCAUCACCGGCGCUAUGCUUCAGUUCUACAGGACGACUCAAGCAGUAGUUUUUUGGCAAUGGGUCAACCAAUCCUUUAACGCGCUCGUCAAUUACACCAACAGGAAUGCUAACAGUCCUGUAACGACUAAUCAGCUAGGUGUAGCUUAUGUUAGUGCGACCGUCGCGGCGAUGAUAACUGCGAUAGGAUGUAAAUCGUAUUGGGAGAAGCGCGCCAGUCCUCUAAUGACUAGAUACGUUCCGUUCGCCGCAGUGGCAGCCGCUAAUUGCGCUAAUAUCCCUCUAAUGAGGCAGAACGAAAUUGUAAACGGCGUGGAUCUCAUUGACGAGAACGGCAGAAAACUUACAAAAUCAAAGCUCGCAGCUGUGAAAGGCAUCAGUCAAGUUGUCAUUUCGAGAAUCGUCAUGUGCGCACCCGGCAUGCUUAUCUUACCGCCCAUAAUGGAAAAAUUGGAAAAAUACGCGUGGAUGCAAAGAAUUAAACCACUGCAUGCACCGAUACAAAUUAUGAUGUGCGGAAUUUCGUUGACGUUUAUGGUGCCGACGGCGUGUGCGCUAUUCCCACAAAAUUGCUCCAUUAAUGCAACUACUUUACAACGCUGGGAGCCGGAAAACUAUGAGCUACUAACGAAGAACUGUGAAGGCAGUAAACUACCGACGUAUUUAUAUUUCAACAAGGAAUUAUAAUGUUAUGAGAAGUUCUAGUUUUAUGUGAAAUUGAGAUAAAAUAAGUGUUAUUCCAUCCUUUAUAAAUAUCGUUAUUUUAAAUGGCACAAUGACGAGUUAAACUCUUCUGCUGGAUCAGAGAUGAAUCCGAAACUGUAAUAUAACUCAUUUAGUUAUAGUCAAUUAUUAUAGCAGGAAUAUUUUAUAUUUGCUAUUGAACAUUUCGAACAUUUCGAAAAAUCA